AAUGGAUUACCACCUGCUUGGACUAAUUUUAUCUUUUCUCUUCAAUGGCACAAAGGUCUUAGCUGGUUACCCAAUUUGGUGGUCCCUUGCCUUAGGUCAGCAGUACAGCUCCCUGGGGUCCCAGCCCAUCCUCUGUGGCUCCAUCCCCGGCCUCGUCCCCAAGCAGCUCCGGUUCUGCCGUAACUACAUCGAGAUCAUGCCCAGCGUGGCCGAGGGGGUGAAGCUGGGGAUCCAGGAAUGUCAGCACCAAUUCCGGGGCCGCCGCUGGAACUGCACCACCAUCGAUGACAGCCUGGCCAUCUUUGGGCCUGUCCUGGACAAAGCCACAAGGGAAUCUGCCUUCGUCCACGCCAUCGCCUCGGCCGGGGUGGCCUUUGCCGUCACCCGCUCCUGCGCCGAGGGCACCUCCACCAUCUGUGGCUGUGACUCCCACCACAAAGGACCCCCAGGAGAUGGCUGGAAGUGGGGGGGGUGCAGCGAGGAUGCUGAUUUUGGGGUGCUGGUGUCCCGGGAAUUUGCAGACGCCCGAGAGAACCGCCCGGACGCGCGCUCGGCCAUGAACAGACACAACAACGAGGCGGGCAGGACGACCAUCCUGGACCACAUGCACCUGAAGUGCAAGUGCCACGGGCUGUCGGGCAGCUGCGAGGUGAAGACCUGCUGGUGGGCACAGCCGGAUUUCCGGGCCAUCGGGGAUUUCCUGAAGGACAAAUACGACAGCGCCUCCGAGAUGGUGGUGGAGAAGCACCGGGAGUCCCGGGGCUGGGUGGAAACUCUGAGGGCCAAGUACGCCCUCUUCAAACCCCCGACGGAGCGGGACCUGGUCUACUACGAGAACUCCCCCAACUUCUGUGAGCCCAACCCCGAGACGGGCUCCUUCGGGACCAGGGACAGGACGUGCAACGUCACCUCCCACGGGAUCGAUGGCUGCGAUCUGCUGUGCUGCGGCCGCGGCCACAACACCAGGACUGAGAGGAGGAAGGAGAAAUGUCACUGCAUCUUCCACUGGUGCUGCUACGUCAGCUGCCAGGAGUGCGUCCGUGUCUACGAUGUCCACACCUGCAAGUAACCCCAGGGCCCUGCAAACCACACAGAUCAGGAGUUCCUGUCCUAGUGGGCUCCUCCAGGGGUGCUGAGGUCCCAGCCCACAUUCCCAGCUCCCACACAGCAGUGAUGUAACACAGAGAUCUGUCCCAAACAUCCAGGUUGGGUCUCCUCCCUGACUUGUCCGUGGCAGGAGCAGCACAAGGAGCAAUAAAUCAGGGACAGCCCCUGGUCUGGAGCCCUCAGCGUGGCCCUGGCCCUCAGACUGUGCCUGGAGAGAACCAGAGCCAAGUUCUGGGUCCCUCUGCAGAACCCAGGAGGAGUUUGUGACCUGAAGGUGAAGAUCACCCCAGAGCUCAACACCCCCAGCUCAGAUAACCCCUCUCUGAUAUGCAUUCUAUUUAAAAGUAUAUAUUAAAUUCCCUGUCUGGAAAGAUUCCAAGUACCUGACUUUAAACAGAAUCCCUUUU